CAUUACGUCAGUGGCGGUGGUCUCAUUCGUUGGCUCGGGGAGGAGUUGCCGUGCGACCGCCAUUGUUACUCCCUUUCGUCGUAUCUCGCGGAACCUGGGAGAGGAGACCCUGCGCCCCGUGUCCCGUGGCCGUGGAAGAGAGCCCUUCGGAGCCGUAGACUGGAAAGGCAGACCCGACACCGCUAGUCCACGGCGUAGCAUGUCCACGAUGAAUCCCGAGUACGAUUACUUAUUCAAAUUGCUCCUAAUCGGGGAUUCUGGCGUUGGGAAGUCCUGCCUGCUGCUGCGCUUCGCCGAUGACACCUACACGGAAAGUUACAUCAGCACCAUCGGCGUGGAUUUUAAGAUUCGAACCAUCGAUCUGGACGGGAAGACGAUAAAGCUGCAAAUCUGGGAUACCGCAGGCCAAGAACGAUUCAGGACAAUCACGAGUUCGUAUUAUCGAGGUGCCCACGGUAUUAUUGUUGUUUAUGACUGCACAGACCAGGAGACUUUUAACAACGUAAAACAAUGGUUGGAGGAAAUUGACCGUUACGCCUGUGAUAACGUCAACAAGCUACUAGUCGGCAAUAAAUGUGAUCUACACACUAAAAAAGUGGUCGACUAUACAACAGCCAAGGAAUAUGCGGAUCAACUGGGCAUACCAUUUUUGGAAACAUCGGCCAAGAAUGCGAUGAACGUCGAACAAGCUUUUAUGACAAUGGCCGCUGAAAUCAAACUCAGAGUGGGCCCACCCUCGAGCGGAGCGAGCGAUCCAGCAAACAAAGUGAAAAUAGAGCACGGACGUCCAAUCGAAUCUUCUAAGUCUGGAUGCUGCUGAGAAUUGUAAUUUUAUGUCCCGUUUAACCAAAAACAUCUAACGGUUUGCGGUCCGGGUACCGCAAAAUUAAAACCUAUUACUGGAAACACAAGAACACGAGGAAGUUUCAGUUUAUGCCAACAAACAACAAACAAAAGAAAAAAAAAAAAGGAAGAAAUCUAACACAUUCAUGGACCACCAACUCUUCCCCGGAGUUGUACAAAACUCUUGUCCCGCCUGUCCUGAUUGAAUUUCGUUUUCGUAGUUACAUAUCUUUCUUUUCGAAGAAAAAAAAAAAAAAAAA